UGCAAAUUAACCGCGCAGACCAAACUCAAGGUUAAAGAAUCUGUUUUAUACUCCAAAUGGAUGAAUUCGAGGAGUACAGAAAUCCACUUACUAAGAGAUAUGCAAGCCGUGAAAUGGUGUGCAAUUUCGGAGAAAAACGAAAAGUAAUCCUCUGGCGCCAACUGUGGAUAUGGUUAGCAGAAACACAAAAAGAGUUGGGGUUCGAUAUCACAGACGAACAGAUUGAUGAAAUGAAAAGUCAAAGAGAUUUAGUCGAUUUCGGGACUGCCGCAGCUGAAGAAAAGGCUCGGCGACAUGACGUGAUGGCACAUGUAUACACUUUUGCUUUAGCUUGUCCAAAAGCUGCACCAAUCAUUCACCUCGGUGCAACAUCGUGUUUCGUUGGCGAUAAUGCUGACUUAAUCAUGCUUAAAGAUGGUCUAAAUAUACUUUUACCGAAGGUCGCUAGAUGUAUUGACAGGUUAGCUAAAAAAGCUAUGUUGCACAAAAGUUUAAUAUGCCUCGCCCGCACCCAUUUGCAACCCGCUCAACCUACUACAAUGGGUCGUAGAAUAUGUAUGUGGAUACAAGAUUUGUUAUUAGAUUUGGAGAAUCUGGAAAGGUUGAAGAACCACACAAUUCGUUUUCGUGGUGCUAAGGGUGCAGUAGGAACUCAAGCAUCUUUUAUGGAUUUAUUUCAAGGUGAUCAUCAAAAGGUUAUCAAAUUGGACGAAAUCUUAACCAAAAAGUCUGGAUUCCAACGUUCUUGGUGUGUAACUGGUCAAACUUAUCCAAGAAAGGUAGAUAGUGAGAUCACUAACGUAUUGUCGAAUAUAGGUGCAACUGUUCAUAAAAUAUGCACCGAUAUACGACUGCUGAGUAGUUUUCACGAAGUUGAGGAACCUUUUGAAACCAAACAAAUCGGUUCAAGUGCAAUGCCAUAUAAACGUAAUCCUAUUCGUUCAGAAAGAGCAUGUUCUUUAGCACGUUAUCUAAUGAAUAUAUCGACUUCCAUGGUUUCUACAGCAUCUGUUCAGUGGCUUGAACGUUCACUAGAUGAUUCAGCUAUUCGUAGAAUCGUCCUCCCAGAAGCUUUUCUUGCAACCGAUGCAUGUCUUACUUUGCUACAAAACAUAGCUGAAGGAUUAAUAGUGUACCCAAUGGUAAUGGAAGCUAAUCUAAAUUCUGAACUUCCUUUCCUCGUUGUUGAACGUAUCUUAGUCAAAAUGGUGUCUGAAGGCGCAGCCAACCGUCAAGAAUGCCAUGAACGCCUUCGUAAGCAUAGUCAUGAAGCUGCUGCAGAAAUUAAACUAAAAGGUUUAAAAAAUAGUCUCAUGGACAAGUUACUCAACGAUGAUUACUUUACCCCAAUACAUUCGUUACUUCCAAAUUUAUUAGAUCCAUCUUAUAUGAUCGGUCGUGCUGUUGAACAGGUGGAAGUAUUCUUAAACACUGAAGUUGACCCAGCAAUUCACUCAUACAAAGAUUGUCUAGCAUUGAACAGCAAUAUCACAAUUUGAUAUGAUAACUUGUUGCUGAAAAAAUUGUCGAAAUAUCUGAAAUGAAAAUAGAAAAUCAAUAUAAAUUAACAUGAAGAGAAUUAGCGUGGUGUAUGCUAAUUAUGUCAAUAGACAUAAGUAGUAUAUAACAACAAAUGCAAGUGGAAAACCUGGCAGAAGAAGACCGAGUUGAAGAUAAUAAAAAGGAAUUGUGGACUGGGGGAAUCAUGCAGAAUAUGAAGAACAAAUGAUGGAAAAUUAUUAAUGAAGUAUUCAGUGUAUGGUUCUCAUAUGUUUUCAAGAAAUUCUAUAAUUUCGUAUUUGGAUGUCCCCGC